UGAAGAGGUGCCACUUGGCGGCCAUGGCAGCAGUAGUAUUGGUGGGUCUGGGGAAAGGCCCAGCGGAGUGGAGUAAUAUGGGCAGUAGCGGAUAUAGGGCAGAGACAGCUUUGUAUCAGCUUCGCUGCUGAACCCCUAAGCCCAUCGUUAGAGACCUGCAGGACUCUUUCCCCAUUCUAGACACGAAGGAGAGUUUGCCGGGACUGGUGGGCUGGUCCCAGCCCGGCGAGAACUGCCCCCAGGAGGUAGGGGAGCCGGGAGAACGAACAAGUUUACUUGGGUUUUCCUCCUUUUCCUGCUGCCACCUGGGACGCUGUGGAGGGAGCUGGGUCCGUUGUGCCACCAUUCCGACGAUUGAAGAAAUCGCUCUUUGCGUACCUUUCAUUGUUAACCCUAAGGAAUCCAGUGACUGGCAUCUGAAAACACAGGGGUCGGGACCUGAGAUUGCUGAAAGUUCUUUCUGGUGCUAAUAUCAGCAAAAAGGGCCAUUUUCAGGUGCGUUCCAGAGAACGGGGUUUCCUGAACACAUCUGCUGGUGGGGAGGACGAAGGAACUGGAAAGUCCACUUGUCUUGGAAUUACCACACGCGUUUAAGAACCUAACCGCCCUUUGAAGCCUCUGAAAAUUUGCAGUCUGGUGGCGGUGGGUAAAUAAAGGAGGACAGAAUGGAUGAUUUCAUCUCCAUUAGUCUGCUGUCUUUGGCUAUGUUGGUGGGAUGUUACGUGGCUGGAAUCGUUCCCUUGGCUGUUAAUUUCUCUGAGGAGCGACUAAAGCUGGUGACUGUUCUGGGUGCUGGUCUUCUCUGUGGAACUGCGCUGGCGGUCAUCGUGCCUGAAGGAGUACAUGCACUUUAUGAAGAUAUUCUUGAGGGUAAGCACCACCAGGCAAGUGAGACCCAAAAUGUUAUUGCAUCAGACAAAGCAGAAAUACCAGUUGUCCACGAACAUGAGCACAGCCAUGACCAUACACAGCUGCACGCCUACAUUGGCGUUUCCCUUGUUCUGGGCUUCGUUUUCAUGCUGCUCGUAGACCAGAUUGGCAGCUCCCAUGUGCAUUCUCCUGAUGAUCCAGAAACAGCAAGGCCCAACAAUUCCAAAAUCACCACCACGCUGGGUCUGGUCGUCCAUGCCGCAGCUGAUGGCGUUGCCUUAGGAGCGGCGGCCUCUACUUCCCAGACUAGCGUCCAGUUAAUUGUGUUUGUGGCCAUAAUGCUACAUAAGGCACCAGCUGCUUUUGGGCUGGUUUCCUUCUUAAUGCACGCAGGCCUAGAACGGAAUCGAAUCAGAAAACACUUGCUGGUGUUUGCACUGGCCGCACCAGUUAUGGCCAUGGUGACAUACUUAGGACUAAGUAAGAGCAGUAAAGAAGCCCUUUCAGAGGUCAAUGCCACUGGAGUGGCCAUGCUUUUCUCUGCUGGGACAUUUCUUUAUGUUGCCACCGUACAUGUCCUCCCCGAGGUGGGCGGAAUGGGGCACAGUCACAAACCCGACUCCACUGGCGGGAGAGGCCUCAGCCGCCUGGAGGUGGCCGCCCUGGUUCUGGGCUGCCUCAUCCCCCUCAUCCUGUCAGUCGGACACCAGCACUAAGCGUCAGGCUCCAGCGUCAGUCCAUGGCCGUGCGCCAUCCAGUGAGAACAGCCACGCGUGACAGCCGCUCACUUCCUCAGUCUCUUGUCUCACUCGCCCAUCUCCACCUGCGUUCCCAGAGGCCGGAGGGAGGUGAGAUUAAAACCCGGAGUCACGGAACGCUGUUAGAGGAGAAGCAACACACCGCGACUGGAUGUGGACAUUCCAUUCGUUUUUUAAAGGGCCCGUGGCGUGUAGAGUUUUGAUGUUUCUCUUAACCCUAUUCUCAGGGAAGAUGGAAUUGCAUUUUAAGGAAAAGCGGAGAACUUCAUAUUCACAAUGAAAUAGUAAUUAUGAAAGGACAGUGUUCUGUAAUUAAGCUAAAUCUCUUCCUUAGUUCAGAGGCUCUGCCACUUACCGUAUCCAUUGAUUUUUAACAUGGUUCUCACCGUGUAGGACUGGUGCUUUAGCGUCUAUGCCACAUGCCUUGGUCAAGGUCAUCAUGCCCACUGUCUUAGAUGCUAAAGAUAAUUGUAAGUUAUCUGGAGCAAGAGUCAGGAAAAUGAUGCAAGACACAUUAAAAGCUGACUUUUUACUCGAGAGCUGUCCAUUAGAAAGGGGGUGUCUGGAGAGACUUAGCAAGCCUCCCUUCACAACUGCCUCUUAAAGGGAGCCUGCCGUUCUGCCCGACGGAGCCGCAGAGACGGCCUAGCAUCUGAAGAGGUGGCUGGCAUUUCUUUUCAGGUUCUCUCUUGCAGAAUGCCUGCCUACCAAGCAUUCUUCCAGAGGGGCCAGGCCCUCCCAGCCUUUCCUUUGAGAACAGUCAGAUCGCAAAGUACCUUUUGAAAUUAAGGGGUAUUCAUUUGAAGUGAAUUUGGAUAGUGACUGACCUUUUUGUAGUAAUCUUUUUAAAAUUAAGAUUACCAAAACCUAUGUGGUCCCCCCCGCCGCCCCGCUUUUCUUUUCUUUUCAAGUCUGAUCUCAGCAGGCCGGCAGUCCCUUGGGCAGGGUACUCAGUGUCCGGUGGGGAGUGCUAGGCCAGCGUCACCUAAACACCUGCAGCGGCGAGGACAGUGACAACGUAUCACAAGUGGGAAGUGCUUGCCUCUUGGUUUAAAGUUCACUGAAAUCAUGUCUCUUGUCUCUUCGUCUUUUCCGUGCUUUCCUCCUGACUCCCCCCUCCUGUGCUGCUCCUGCUGUUGGCGACGGUAGUGUUGGUGCGAACCGAACUCUCAUCACACAACCACUUCUUGAACUGGGAUGAUGAAGAUGACACUGUCUCUGUUCUUUAUUCCCUUCAAUGAAGUCACUGUCAUGUCAAAUGCAACUCUGAUCAGCCCUUAAAAUAUCACUUCCUCAUAUGUGAGAUGACACAAUCACUAAUAUUCUGGGAAUUUAAACAAUUGAGAAGGUAACAAGUGUUCAACAAAUUAGGAUGAUUUUCCCAUAUUUGCCAAAACCCCUAUAAACUUUGUGUUACCAACUAAGUGUAUAAUAUUGUGGUAUUAAUUUAUUUUGAUUUUCUGUACCAUUUCAAAAACAUUAUAUAAAGAGGGAACCAAGACCGUUUUCUUCAGGGCAGCAGGUUUAGGAGUUCGUAAAAUGUUUUAUAUGACGUAUCUGCCAGCAUGCCUAUAAUUUCUUUAUUUUCUUCCUAGAUUUGUCACUGGGUCAGCAGCUAUGGAAAUAGGCCUUGCGAGCCCUCUGCUGGCUGUAGACCAAAGUAGCAUAAAUAGGACACGGUUGUGUGUAGCGGUGGGCAGCCAUUGCAUACGCGCUUAAAACCAACAGAAGGUACGGCAUGGAGAGUCACUCAGACUUUCCUGAUAGCGGCUCUGACUCACGCAGAGUCCUGGGGCUUCCUGUGGUCCUUCCGGAUGGUCGCCUUGGUUCUCCCUGGAAAUUUACUUUGUUAAAUCAAUAGCACAUCGUGUGUCUGGCUCGGUUUGGAUAGCAGCACUUUCUAGCGGACUGUUGCGUGCAAUGAUGAGUCGUUUGUUCCGCUGGCCAAAGCCUCUUUCAGUAGUGCCUUGCCGUCACGAAAAGUGUGGCUAGAAUAUCUUGCUGGGCAGGUGGGGCCUUGAACUCUGGCAAGGAUCGAACCAUCACACUUCUAAGUCUGCCUUCCUCUCUGGACCUUGCAUUAACAAGCAAACCCUUCCAGGCCUGUCAGCUCUCAGAAGCGACAGGUUUCCCCGAUUUGAAAGCUGCUGCCCCAGGAACUACCCCUGUGUCUCCUGGUCAGCAGGCAGAAUAGCCGUCCUCACCCCACAGGGCCCAAAGGCACCUCCAGGCAGCAGGGGACCGAGCAGCGUGGCAGAGACCUUCUUCACCGGGGGAGGGACUCGCUCGUGGUGGGCAGUGUCCCAGAACAGGCCACAGCAGUGGUCACUCACUGGCACAUUUCCGUCCCGUUUUCCUCUUGUUCAGAACUGCCCCCUCCUUAGACGUAGAUGCCUUAAUGCUCUCACACAUUUGGAAACAUUGGCAACACUUAAGCAGCUGCCAUGAUCCCAGAUGGGAGUAUUGGCUACCAAAGAGAUGCAGCUGACGGUGAAAAGCCUGGUCCAUCCUUCCUCAUGACCAAAGUUCAUCUUAAUUGCAAUUUGAUUCCCAUUUCCUCGGUAGAGAUCAAUGACUUCAGGUUCCAGAUGCACUCUUAAGUGGCAAAUUAAGUUGUAAAACACUACUGCCCACUCCCCUCCCUUUUCCCAGCAAGUUGCCCACAGUCCCCAUUUCCCCGAGGCGGCGAUGUUCCAGGCCUGGUGGCUUCCCCACUGCGGCACGUAGGGAGUUGGAAACAGUACCACCUCCAGAGGCUAGUGUUCUCUUUUCCCCAUUACCUUUUUAUUUCCUUGUUCAGAACAGCCAAUAGCCAUGUUCCUGUGUAAUGAAUUAUUAGAAAAAGGAGAGAGGUGGUCGUUUCAAGGAGACCGUUCUUUGUAACAAGGAGACCUUGGAAUUGUGUUUCUUACCAGCCUACUCCUAAGUGUCACUUCCUGGCUUUUCUCUUUUCCGAGGAUUAGACCGAGGAGGACGCCCCAGCAUCCGAGUGUAUCAUGCCCCUCAGACACGUGGUAGCUAGGUACUAAACACGGGGGCUGUCUGACAACCGCACAAGCCCCCAGAGAAUGUUGCUGCCUGCAGGGCUCCCAGGCCCCUUGGGAGAUUGAGAAUAAGGACCAGAUUCUUCUAAAACCCCCGCAGUGCAAGGUGGCCUCCAGGGGAACCAUCUCCUUGCGUUAGAAGAUUUCUGCCCAAAACAGAAUGAUCCCAAGAGCACUGUUUGGAGAUGCUAUGAACUUAAAGCCAAUGAUGCAGCCCCCUUUGUAGCUGAGACAUCUAGAUCAAUCACCUCAGGGGACUUGAGGAACAUUUGUGACUUGUAGGAAAGGAGACAACCAUCGGGAAUUCUCUAGAUAUGCUCAGCCUAAACACAACGAACUUGGCUUUGAUCUUUUUUUUCCUGAUAGCAUCUUCUAGCAAGUUGGGAGUCUCAUGGGAUACAACUGCAGCUCCCCUGGUUCAGUAGCCUGAACAGUGAUUUUAAAUGUCCCCUUCUCUGGAUCCAUUGUAAACAUGAAAUCAUUCCAUGGAUGGCUGCCUUAUAAUUUUGUCUCUUUCCACAUCAAUUGUGAAUGGUUAAAAAAAUUUUUUUUUGCUGUUUUCUGAUAUUAAAUUUUUAUUAGUGCAUA